AUGACUACAACAUUGAGAUCAAGAACAUAUUUAAGUUUUGUAUCACCUAACGUUGAAGUCGUUUAUGAUGACUGGCAGAGUUCACUCAAGGCUCUUGUAAAGAGCGGUACUAAACAAAAUCCAGGUAGUAUGCAUGGUUUCUAUGCUGAACUACUAGAAAUUGACGGCACCUUCGAAGGCACUGUUAUCCUGGAAAACUGUAAGAAGAUUUCCAUGAUCAGUAUCUUGACCUACAGAUCGCCGAAAAAACCAACAAUUAGUGGUGAAGUUGGAAAUAUACAUCGAAACAAUCAAAAGAACUUAUCGAAACUUCCUGAAGAUAGGCGACAAAUAGGUUGGUAUCAUGACGGGAUCCUUACAGUUAACAUUAAUGGUGUCGAAGAAUAUAUUGGUAUUCUUGAGGUUGUAGGAAAUGCUAUUGUUGAAGAUGUAUUAGUGAUGAGAAGCAACUCAAACACAAUCUCGAGACGUUUGGAAUCCUAG